AUGUAUCUUCCAAUGGGUGAACCCAUUAUUGGGAAUUGGAAUUUAUUGGAAGUCCAAUCUUCCAAUCAACAUCACUGCAGCCUGUGUAUCCAAAACAUGUCUGAUCCACUCUCAAUUCUAAAAGGAGAAAUAAAGCGCCUCGGGUUCGUUUCAGGCGAAAAAAUAAGUUUAUUUGGUUACUUCACCGGAAAUGAAAAGAAUCAAGCUGACGCGUUAUCUCUCCUUGAUGACUGUGAUAAUGAUGAAGAAAAACGUAACUAUUUGAGGUCUCUAAUCUCUCCUCCUGAGCAACCCGUUGCUGAGCGUCCUAUAAAGAAACUUCGAAUAGAGCAGGGCUGGAAGUCAUACACCGCCUCUGAUGGUCAUUCCGUAGAAUUGCCACCCCAAAUAAUUGACAUGCUUGAAAGUGAGAAAUUCGUACCUGAUAACCGCAUCGAUUUCCAAAAUGCCUUCCAGAACCUUAGUGCUUGCCAAUCAAUUACCCUACCACAUCUUGGCCAGGAACCUAAACACUUCGCUGAAGGUUAUCAAGGAAGGACAUUGCUUGUUACUGGGCAGAUGAUUGACAUAUGGGACAAGCUUUCAGCAGAUAGUGACCAUUCAAUCAAGCGUGUUCUUUCAGGCCCAAUGGGCGUGGGCAAAUCAUAUAUUUCCUACUUCCUUGCAUCUAAAGCUUAUGCUGAAGAAUGGCCGGUGCUCUACAUCGCAGAUGCAUCUGAUCUUAAUGUAGAAUCAUCAGAGAAAGCAGGAGCGGUGAUAUGCAGAUACUUCCUGGCACUUAAUAAAGAUAUUUUGACUGCCGCCGAGCUUAAGAAGAUUGUGCAAUUUGCUAGUAAUCGUAAUCCUCAACAGCUUGUGGUUACCGUCGCUGAAGAAAUUUUAGACUUAAUCAAAUUAGCAGAUCGCAAAGCUCUAUUAAUUAUUGACGAACAUGGUAUAUUAUUUGAAAAAGAUCCAGUACCUUUAAGAAUUCACUUGUUAAGUCCUCUGAUGAACCUUAAUUUUUGGGGAGAACAUUGCAAAUUUGCACGUGUAAUCUUUACGGGGACUGCACAUGCUAGAUAUGAGAGGGAAUACAUGAAAAAUGGUCAAUAUGAGUUUUGGGUGAUCUAUGUUGGUCCGCUACAGAGCAAUGUAUUUGAUAUUUUGUUACAGUUGCACCCCGUUCUGAGGAUACAAGGCAUCAAAGAAGAAGCAAAAAAGGUUACGAAUUGUGUGCCACGUGAACUCAUAUACCUAGUUGAAUAUAUCAAAAAACUCAAUAUCACUAUUACCAAUGUAAACUGCUUUCAACAAGUAUUAAAAAAAUUUGAGAUUGAACGGGUCGACAAGAUUCUGGCUAUUGCUCAAAAAUAUUAUAAUGAUAUCCCGAAAACUGAAAAAACUCGCUACUAUGAUGCUCUCACAAGCAUGUUUCUUCCCAGUAAACCCGUUGUGCAGUUUGAAUGGAAGUUCUUAGAUCUUGGGUUAAUUUAUCGGUACAAGGAAGGGAUUACUCAUUACCUCCCUCUAUGCCCAUCUGCUCAGAAAGCCUUAUUAAAAAUGUACAUGUCAUUUGACCUACCUGAAAAUAUAAAAAAUCAACUCCGUGUAGGAAGUCUAACUGGAGAGCAAUUUGAGGAAGCCUUAUUCAAUCGACUUGUAUGCAAAUGUAACACAAUAAUACAGCUCAAUACAACAGAUCUCAAUAAUAAUAAUAGAAAUGUUAUUACACUUCAGUUUAAUGACUAUGAUUUGAUUAAAAGUUCCCAAUUAUCCCUUGGACCUGGUAACGAUAAAGUCUUAGGUCGUGGCUUUGAUAGAUACCCCCGAUUUGAUUACAUGCUCGGACCUAUAUUUAUACAGGUAUCUAUCAGUGAUUUUACUUCACACAACAGCAAAUCAUCAACAAACAUCAGGCAAGCAUUUGAACCAAUGUCUGCACAAGCUGGUAUCUCUUUAGUGCAAAUUAAUGGAAGAAAUCAGAUCGAGAUGUAUUUGGAUGAGAUGUAUGGUCCUGGUCAUUCUGCUAAAAUAGAUUCACAAAAUAAGUUUGUUGUUACCAGAAAUGGCAAGCGCGUGCCUGGAUUUCGUAUCGUCUAUAUUCGAGGUAGUCCCGGCACUCCCAAUCACUCUGGAAAAGUUCGUGAAUUUCCCGACGUAGCGCAUGUUACAUUUGAGGAGAUCAGAAGUCUUAUUAUUCCAACUAUUAUUGAUAAAAAUAAAUCAAAAAAAGUUAUUAAUAAUCAUCCUGGAUAUGAUAUGAAAUAUGUAGAGUCCUAUAUCUACAGAUAUUGGGUUAUUCAACCACAUGAAACAUUGAAGCAAUGGGUUAUUAGGGUCAGAGUUCCUUUACAAGAGCUGGUCUCUGAAAAGAAAAGAAGCAUAUAUCAUGUACAUUGUUUAUUUGCAGUUUGUCUUGAUUGUUGGCAAUUGAUUCAAGUCAAUGAUGUAAAGCCAAAAAAG